UCCUGAAACAUCCUACAAAUCGUUGUGUACUCACUUGUCUAAAGUUUUCAGCUUGUAUGACGUCAGGCAUUCUCAUAAUGAUCUGCUGGAUCACAUUCUGUUGAUACGUGAUUCGGUUGAACGGGAUGAUGCCUUAGCAAGGUCCAAGUUUUUGGUGAAUUUUCUUGGAGAGAAGCCCGCAAAGAGGCAACUAUCUGAUGAGGGCAUUCAAGGUACAAAAGAUCUCAGAUUUGUGGAUGAUCAUAUAGAACAUGAUAUGAUUGAUGGUGCAGAAAAUGAGUCCAGUGACAUUGAUAGCCUGUUUAGCUCUGUCUGUGCUUUCUGCGAUGAUGGUGGUGAUCUCUUGUGUUGUGAAGGGAGGUGCCUAAGGUCCUUUCAUCCAACUGUAGAGUCUGCUGUGGGUUCUGAUUGCAAAUCUCUUGGCUUUACCAAGGAUGAAGUAGAUGCGACGCAAAAUUACUUUUGCAAGAACUGUAAAUAUAAACAGCACCAGUGCUUUGCUUGUGGGAAGCUAGGUCCCUCUGAUAAAUCUUCAGGUGCAGAGGUUGUUCCAUGUUUUUCUGCGAUCUGUGGUCGAUUUUACCAUCCACGAUGUGUUGCAAAAUUGCUUCAUCGAGAUAAUGGAGUUUCUGCUGAAGAACUUGAGAAAAAGAUUGCUAUGGGGGGGUCUUUUACAUGUCCGAUUCACAAGUGCUGCGUUUGUAAACAAGGAGAGAAUAAGAAGGAGAGGGAUUUGCAGUUUGCUGUGUGCAUGCGUUGUCCUAAAUCGUACCACAGGAAAUGCUUGCCAAGAAAGAUUGCUUUUGCAAAGGGAGGAGGAAGUGAUGGAGAACGGCUAUUAAUACCAAGAGCAUGGGAAGGUCUAUUACCUAAACGCAUUCUUAUAUAUUGCACAAAACAUGAAAUGAAUGAAGAAGGCAGAACUAUUAUAAGGGACCACUUAAAAUUCCCUGAUGUUGAAGUGAAGAAGACUGUUACAGAAGAAAAUAAGAAAAUUUUGACAUCAGAGUCCCUCGUAGGGAGAGAGAAAGUUGUGUCUAAGAAAAUGGUUUCCUUGGAUGAAUUAUAUAGGGUAACAAUUCCUACUGAAAGAUCUGAGCAGAAGCAGAAGCCAUCUGCUGAGGAAGUGGGUGGUAGAAAUGGGGAUAAAGUAUUUUCUGGGUUUGACAGUUUGAGAAAGGUGACAAUAAAUACUGCAUCUAAAAAAGAACUGAAGACUUUCACCUCUGAGGAAAAGAACACUUCAGUGGGUGAACAUAAAAGAAGCUUCUCUAAGAGCAAUGGUGAAGGAGAAUGUCAGAAGAGUCUUGGCCAUGGGAAUAAGCGAGGCAAUGCGCCAUUAGGAAAGCUGCAGCAUGGUGGCAAAGAAAAGCACAGAAGAGGAAUGGUUGAGAUUUCAUCAGUGAACAAGCGUUGUGGCAUUGCUAAUCAUCAUUCUGAGUUGAGUAAGACUGGUAAUAUGCAGUUUGGAAUGUCUAAUGGUGGAACCCAGCUCAACAUUCCUGUUGACACAGGAUCUUGCUCACAGGUUUGCACGUGUAGGCAGCGAGUUCCUGAUCUCGCACGAUGUAAUUUAGUGAGUCAGGAUUCUGUUUAUGACCGGAUUGGUUUGCAGUCUUCUUCUUGUUGUGGCCAUCAAGGUCUGGCAGCUGACUCAUUUUCUGGAAUGAAGCCAUCAUCUAUGGUGCCAUAUGCAUCUCAAUGGAAUAAGACUAACUGCUCAAUGCCAACUGCUUUAGUUAACAGUUAUGGUCCCGUAGGGCGUAAACCUGGCUACCUUGGCAAUCCCUUGGGUUUUGCUCCUGGCCCUCACCAGAACUACUCAGUCCAUAAUUCAGCAGGUUGGCUGGAUGAGUAAUUACAAGGAUCACGUUAGGGAGGCGCCAUCCCUAUUUUUUGGAAGAUGUAAUGAUUUUGAGGGACCCGUUGGUGUAAAGAGAAAUGAGUAUAUGGUCUUUCUUAAUGGACUGAUGAUGAAAAUGACAAAGCAAACCGACGGCCGGGUCAAGAAUCUCAUGAAGGUUGUACAAA